UUCCAUCAUCGUUCAUAAUAUGACUAUUUUGUUGUCAGACAUAAAUUUUUCCUUCUCUGAUAAUCCAAAAUUAUCGUAGUACAAAUUGUGAACAUGCUUUCUACACUACUAUCUUGAUGAAUUUACAAUUAUUUACAACUGAGCUAAACAUCAUCCCCAAUCAAUGCCGUAUUUGAAAACAUUCUUGUUUUAUUGAUUAUUUAGAAAUCGUUUUAAUAAAACAAUUGUUAUUAGGCCUAUGUAGUAAUUACGGUGAAGUACAUAUUGUCACACUACAGUACCGUACUGAUAUUUCGGGCUUGGAAUGAUCUGACAAGUUUUUGGUUAUCAUGUUUUUUCUAUUCAUUGGCCGUAUCCUCCCUUCCUGGUUGAGGUUAGGUUUGAUUCGCGAGGGGUGUUUUCGCAUCUAGCUUAGUUUUUUGACACAUUACACACAGACUAAUUCUUUUUUUAAAUUCGUGAACAAUUUAUUGUAUUUUAUUUCUCUAUAGCCAACUGGAAUUGUGUUAUACUGGAAAAUAAUAAGUUUACCGUAUAUUGCCAAUAUUAUUGAAAUAUGUCGAUACUCAACGCUGAUCGUAUUGUUUUGAUGUUUAGUCCAUUGAGUUUAGGAAAUUAUGGUUCAGAAAGCUUCAACAUCAAUUAUGGUUAAGAAUCAAAGAACUAAAUCAUCAAGCGCACGGAGAAGAUGAAAGUUACAGUUAUGUGUUAGUGAUCUUUAUUUUUUAAGAAAAAGUGUUUUUUAUUGAGUGCGAUUAGUGACUUGUGUGAAGUGAUAAUGGGAGGUGUCGGAGAUCCUGAACAGCAAUACUCGCUGCGUUGGAACGAUUUUCACGCAAGUAUUUUAUCUUCGUUUAGGCAUUUGAGAGACCAAGAAGACUUUGUGGAUGUAACAUUAGCAUGUGAUGGAUGCUCAUUCACGGCUCAUAAAGUUGUCUUAUCUGCCUGCAGUCCCUACUUCCGUACCUUGCUCAAGGCUAAUCCAUGCCAACACCCCAUAGUGAUACUGCGAGAUGUGAGGGAACAAGACAUGGAGGCCCUCCUCAGGUUCAUGUACAAUGGCGAAGUGCACAUUGGACAGGAGCAACUCACAGACUUUCUAAAGACUGCACAAACACUCCAGGUCAGAGGCCUCGCUGAUGUUCCAACUAAGGACCAUCAGAAACUAUUACCUACCUCAAACUGCUUACCGUGGUCGACGGCUGUGAACAACGACACGUCGUCGACGAUGGCGGCGGGUGACGGAGCCGUGACGCCGCCCCCGACCAAGCGGAGUCGCAGCUCCGAGCUGCCUCCAUCUGCAGGCGGCCACCACCCCACCGCCCGCGGCUUCAGUCCGUCGCCGUCGCCCGGGUCGGCGUCACUCAACGCGGCCUUCAACGACCACGGCGGCCGCGACUCCAUGCUUGGCCACGCUCUAGAGUCGUCCACACCCACGCAGCAACACAACUCCAAUAACAACAACAAUAACCAGCUGAAAGGAUCGGACUCAUCGAUGCACGCGCACUCGACUGGUGAGGAAAGCAACUCGAGCGACACGGCACUCAGCGAUCGAGGAGGCCUCGGUGGGGGGGUGGGCUCAGGCAUCGACCUCGUCACACCCAAGUCCGAGCCGCAGGAGUACUCCAGCGACCACCACAACUCACACAACAACAGUCUCAUCCUGGACCCAUCCAGGAAUCCAAACUUUCCUGCCGCUCUCCUUGGACUACCUGGAAUUCCUGGACUAUUACCGGGGCCCUCUGGAAUGCACAACAACUCUCAGGAUAACAACUUUGUGUCUCGCCGAGGCCUGGACCUGAUGCGAGUGCGCGCUACCGACCCGCGCCCAUGUCCCAAGUGUGGCAAGAUCUACCGUUCGGCGCACACCCUGCGCACACAUCUCGAAGACAAGCACACAGUCUGCCCGGGUUACCGCUGCGUGCUCUGCGGCACCGUUGCCAAGUCGCGCAACUCGCUCCACUCGCACAUGUCUCGGCAGCACCGCGGCAUCAGCACCAAGGACCUGCCCGUGCUGCCCAUGCCCUCGCCCUUCGACCCCGAACUCGCGUCCCGGCUGCUUGCCAAGGCUGGAGUCAAGGUAUCAGCAGCAGAGCUGCGAGCCCGGUCGUCUCCGACUGGACCGCCGCGCCGCUCCGACACGCGACUCGAGCUGAAGUCGUCCGGCAGCAGCGUGUGUGGCGGCGACGACCCUGAGGACCUCACCAUGCACAACCACGCCGGCGCCGCGACGCAUCGCUACGGCAGCCUCGAGGUGUCCGCGUUGUCGCCUCCGCCGCUCCUGCCGCCACAUCCGCCAUCCGCGCUCAAGGACCUUCGCGGAUUUUCGACCGGCUCGGCCAUUCUGCAGGAAUAUCUGCAGUUAAUCGCUGACAACUCGGCCGGCUUCCAGCUGUCGGCCGAACAGGCGGCCAAAAUGGCGGCCAAGAUGAGUGAGGAGCAGCAGCGGCUGGAGAACCACCACCGCCUCCUCGACGCCAACCACGGGGGGGACUCCUCUGGCGGCGAGGAUGACGAGGAGUACAGCGACGACGAGCAAGACCCCCCUCCCCCUCCUCAGCCCGAGCCCAUCAAGGCCGAGUAACCACUCCCACUCCACUCACUGCAACCUGCAAACACAUUUCUUAUUCUUGUAAUUAUACUACUUUUGUAAGACUUUCAUACCAAACGUUUAUCAUGAAAAUAGUACAAAUGACGCCGGUUUAUAAUAAUUAUAUUAUGAUGAUGUUUUGGUAUUUCAACUUGCAUUGCUUUUUCAAUGCGCUUGUUCUGUUUUCAACAUUGUUCCACAAAAAUCAAAUACUGUGUUUAAUGACGCCAGUUACAUCACUAUGUUAUUUUGUCCUGGAACUUGCAUUGCUUUUCAAUGCGUAUGUUCUGUUUUUCAAUAUUGUUUCACAAAUGCUGUCUGAUGACACCGGUUUAUACAUUAUUUGUCCUCAAAUAUGCAUUGCAUUUUUUUAAUGUGUAUUCAAUAUUACUCUAUUGAAAUCGAACUCUGUCUAUCAUUUUGUCAUAGUCAGGGUACUUGCAAGUAUUACUUUUCCCAAAACAUAUUGUUUUACCCUCAAUUCUCAGUAGGAUUACAUUGAUUUUUCAAUGUACGUCCAGUUUAAUUUCAUGAAUGUCUCCCCUAAUGGAAUUUACUCGUGUAUAAUUUUUGUUUUCGGGUACUUCCAAUAGUAUUACAUCACAAUAGUUAUUAUGUAAGUUUAUAAGCUAUCAAAUGAUAAAUUAUCAAUAGAAAAAGUAUUUUAUAUUUUCUGAAUUUUCCGUUGAUAAAGCUAGAGUAACCAGCCUACCUCAACAUAUAUACGUUUUUCUACACACCUGUAUGCUACUUGCCAUAAUUGUUUGGAAACUCACCUUCCCAUUUAUAUAGAUAUAUAGAAACAUUGUUGAAGUUGUAGUUUAUUAAUUAAGUGAUAGCGUAAUGUUGAACGACAAUACAGCGUGAAAUUCUAUCCAGACAAGCGGCAUAUCAUCAGCAUAGCCGAUUGUUCAUGUUCACACGGGUGAUUAUUGUUAUAGAAUAUAUAAAUAUAUAUUAUACAGUAUAUUUAUACAUACACUAAUAUUUUUAUGUUCAUUUUUCUAUUCAUUAUCAAUCACAACCCAUGCAAUACUCGCGACUUUUCAAUAUUAGAGUUUGAUUUUUAAGAGCAGAUUUACAUAGUAACAUUAUACAAAGAAACUUAUGGUAUUGAACUGUUUAUUAGUCAGAAAAAAAUAUAUAUAUUAUACACAUUCAUAUGGAUUAUAUCGACAUCUCAGGCCUACAUAUUUCAAACGAUAGUUUAUUUUCUAUUUAUUUUGAAAUAUCUCCAUUGAACAAACACUCAGUACCUGCAAAGAUGUUAAGCCUACUUAAUAGAUCACUCCGCUUGUCUAGAAAUAUCUAUCAUUUUUGUUUGUAAGUAAUGCCUGUUUAUAGUUUUAAGUACUUGAUUCAAGUUCAAUUUGUAGUGUGAAUGGUUGCCGUUUGAUAUUAUUUGUAGAUCAUGCAUCAUUUCUAUCUGCAAUUCUCUCUUCAAGCAUUUAAAAGUAGUAUUGUAAUUUUCUAUGCAUUAUUUAUUCCAUUGUCUAUAACAGUUAUCUACCUCUUCAUAAUAGUUUAUUGUCUGACAUGAUUUAUUAUUUGUGAUCAGAUGAUAUUCCGAUGAUACUACCUCAUAAUUAUCUCUAUUGAAUGUAUAUCAAGUAUUAUUCGCUUACAAUCUACCUCCUCAGAUAGGCUAUACUAUCCAGAUCAAUAGUUAUAUUAUUAUUCCAUAUUUUGUUGAACGUUUUUUAAAUUUUUAUGAAUAUAUUAUAUGUGAGUUAUUUAUUACAGAUUAUUUAUCAUCCAUACAUCACCUCAUUUAUAUAGGUACUGGAAGUCUAUAUUCAUCAGGAUCUUGAUUAAGUAUCUCAUAGAAUAAUUCAACAAUCUCUGUUUUUCAUACUUUUCCGUGGAAUUACAUAAUUAUUUUUAAAAUAGAGGAGUUUCGUUUGAUGUACUCUUUUAUUCAAGACGAAAUAAUGGGCGCGCCAAUUGCUUCAUUUUGAGUUGUUGAAAAUAUAAUUCAUAAUCAGGUUUAUGUUGUUUGUAAAUAUUCUGAGGUAAUUUUAUAGAUUAUUUGAUCAUUUUGUUUUUUAAUUCAUUGUUGUCACUUACUCAGGAGUCGGUUAACAUGUUUUUGUCCUUUUUUGCUUAUUUUGUACUGAACUUGUAUUUAUUAUUACUAAUAAUAAGUAAAACAUUAUCGAUUUACAAUUGAAAUAGAACAUGAAUAUUCAUAUCGCUCUCUUGAGGUUAUUUACUUCAGACUAGUCUUACUCUCAGGAAAAACGCAUCUCUAGCAUUCUUACUCAGGUCUCAAUUAUUAUUGAUAGAAUUUUUUAAGCUUAGAUUUUUCUAUUCGUCCAAUUCUCAAUGUUGGCCGUUUUCCUGUAAAACUAUUGAUAAAUCAAUGCAUUUAAUAUAAUUUAUUGGACCGAUCUAUUGAUCCCACCAAUUAGGAUUAUGUUUUUAUGUAAAUGACAUUCUCGGUUACUUGGAAAAUCACGAGUUUACAACAAUCCAUGACAGAAAUGUUACAAAAUGUCAUCCUUCAUAUUACAGAUUUAUACUCAGGAAUUAAAUACAAUUUUUAAAAUUUUAUCAAUUUACUUCGUGAUUGGAUAUCGAGUUUGAUGCUGUCUUUAGAAAUACUCUUUCUAGCUUAUUGCAUUUAUUUUUCUUGAACAAGCAAACAAUAAAAUAAAUUCCUUUAUACAUAUAUUUCUUACCGAGAUGAUAUUCUGUUGAUUUAUGAUACUUGUUUGAAAUCAGCAAUCAGAUGGGAUACAUAUCAAUAGCAUCAAUUCUAAUUAACAAUAAAAAUAUGUUCAAUUGAAUAACUUUGUUAUGAUAAUUACACUUCUAUUAUUAUUCUGUCAUUGGUGCAGAAGUUUUUAUCAAAAGAACCACCUUUUUGUUGUCUCCCAUUUAAAAUUAUUACAUAAUUAUUUUGUUAUUGUACAAGAAAUUGUAUGAGUAGAUAUUACUAGGUUGUUAGAUGAGAAUUUUCCAAACAGAUUCUAGUUUAAUUAUAAUCAAAAAUAUUUUAAUAUCUUUGAGCGAUUCUUAUAAUAGGGCAAUAUUUAUUAUGUCAGUACAAAUAGUCAGUGUAGAUUGAAUUCUAAAAUCGACAAAAAAACUUUUUUUUUGUUAAGUAAGACAUUCAUUAAAAUCCGUAUAAUCAUCAUUGGAAUAAUUAAAUUAAACAGCGAUUUUUCAUCAAUAGUCUUAUAUUUUAAUUUAUUAUUAUGUUUUCAUUAAUUUGUAAGAAUGAUAUUGAAGUUGGGCUCUCAUCCAAGUAGAUAGUACAUUUUAAAUAUUCUCAGUUAUCAGACUUAUUUAUUUAUUCAUUAUUAUAUUAAUAAAGGCUUCCUUGAAGAAUUAUAUUUUUAUAGUCCUCAUUAUUUACUUUUAAGCAGGCCUUUUUUUGUGGUUAUACCUAGUUAAAAUCCAUCAUACAUCACAAUUUCAAUUUUCUUAUUUAUUUAUCAAUCCUGGUUAACCACGAUUUCCAUUGUUUCAUGAUAUUAUUCAUUCAGUAUUCUAGUUUGUACCCAGUAUUAUUCAACUACAUCGUACCGUUGAUAAUAUUAGAAACCAAUACUCCAAUCAAGAAAACAAAUAUAGAGUGAUUUUUCUAUUUGUAUUUCAUAGUAGAUUAGGGUAGAUUAAGCUUGACCAAUACUUUCUUUUCCCGAAAUAUGUACAAAACCAAGUGAUAUUGAAUAUUUUAUCACCUAUAGUACAAAUUGAAAUUUGUUGGCCUUGUGAAUAUUCUCCAUUCUCCAAUAAGUACAACAGACUGCAAUUUCAGAUUAUACUGGCCAGGCUUCCCUUUCUUCAGUACGGCUUCCAUAAUUGUACAAUAGGUAAUAUAUAAAUAUAAAAUUUAAAGUCAUAUAGAUAAAGUGAUUUUUAGAAAACAAUCAAAUGUACAAUAUAUACUAGAGCUAAUUUAACUGUCUAUUCUAUCACAUUGUUUGUAGCUAGCUAAUUAUUAAUAGAACCAAUCUAUUAUUCUAUGAAAUAUUUGUUCAUGUUUAUGUACAUAUAAGUGCAUUUAUGUACAACUGAUUACAGGUAUUAAAAUGUAGUACACAAUUCAUGUAAGAACUAGACAUAGAACUAUAAUAAUACCGUAGUUAGUUAAUGAAAACGACAUUUUAUAAGUUCAUGUCUAGCUUCUCUUGUUAAUAGGAAAAAUCAUUAUUUUGAUAAUUAUUGCAUAAAUUUAGCAAAAGAUGAUAAUAUUGAUAAAAAAUGCAUUACAAAAAGACAUAUUAUGAUUAACUGAUUUUAUUAUUAUCUUGCAAUUCAGAAAUAGGGGUUGUCAAUUAUUCAUAACUCUCAAUUCUAUUAAAUAAGUUAUUCCAAAUUUGAUUCGAUUAUUACAUGCAUUUCUUUGAAUUGUCUAAAACUAUUUGAAUUAAAAUUAAUCCUGGUUAAUCAAUUAUUGUUUUAUAAUUAUUAUGAUUUUAUAAUGAGAUAAUCAAUAAUUAUUGUGUCUUUCUCACAAACAUUGUGGCUAUUGUAUUUGCAAUACCUACCCAAUUCUUCAGAAUAGUCUUUCGAACUCUUCACAAAUAUAUUCAUUUUCAGAAUAAAUUAUUUUUAAUUCCCAGAUUUUCUGAGUUUCAAGAUGGAUAAUUUAUUGUUUGAUCAUGAAUUCCGUAUUUCCGUUAUCGGAUCAUUAAACUGAAUAGAAUUCUUCCAUACAAUCUCAUUUUGUUCUUCCAUUUCCAAAUAUCUGUUUAAUGCAUCAUUUUCAAGGAACUGUAAAGGUAACGAAAAUAAACAAAUACGGUAUUUAAGUUUUUGGUAUUUCUAUUGAUUGAGGAAUGAGCAUCUAGAUGAAUAUUUAUAGGUAAUUAAAAUUGUACAGACAUGAAUCGCUAUGUGUAAGCACUGAAAUAAUUGGUAUCUGAAAUAUAGUCGUGUUGAAUGUUAGUAUGUACAUAAUCUAGUGAAAUUAUUACUGUUUUAUAUUUAGUAUGUGAGAAUAGAACAGUCUACUAAAGCAGAUCGUUGUUUAUUGUAAACAGUAAUAUAUCUAAAUAAGUGAUAUUUGCAAUACCACGUAGAACUUUUGUAGUACAAUGUUAUUGUGAAUUCAGUCUUUUUAACAGACUGUAUGAAAGUACUUAUUUUUUUACACUUUAAGAUUAAAACUGAGAUUAUGAAACGGAAGAAGAAGCACAUCCACAUUGUGGCUCAUGUUUUGUAAAUUUUUAUGGAUAUAUGUUAGCCGUAUAAUUUACACCAUAUUUUCAUAGCAUAACCAACUACGCACAUAGGCUACUUUGUGCUUAGUGUUUGUAGCAUGUUUCACAGAGUCGGUGUUGUUCUAUUCUCCAUUCGUUUGCGAUCAGUUCACUCAUCUGCGAGCAAUAUGCUUUGGAGGCAAAUUAAAAUUGUGUAACAACUUACAUGUUUUUCACAUGAGUGAUUUUGCAUGCCUGAGCUUGUGAAUGUGUGAUAAUCUGAGUAGUAUACAAUCGAUAUUACAGUAUAAAUAGAUAAUGAGAUAUUGCAUAGAAAUGUAUAGAGUUAACUGUAGCGUUGAUUGUUGUGGAGUCAGGCUUUAUAUAAAGUAUUUAUCGGAAUUGUUGACAUUGAAGAUAUUGAUUGGUGCGGCGAUUAUAGGAAGGUGCUUUUGUUAUAUUUCGAUGUGAUGGGCAAGCAGGAUGAUUAUUCAAUUGCAAACAAUUAUUUAUAUAUCUAUCACUAGAAAUUGUAAAUAAACAGAUAAAUGGUGCUUUGCUUUCAGUCUUAUUAUAGGAAUCCAUGACAUUUUAUUUUACACAAAUAUUUACAACAUAAGUCAUGAUUCACAUAGUUCAUUAGUUGCAUUGUCGCAACUGUGGGGAUUUCUUUCUCUCCACAUCAGUCAGUUUGCCAAACACGAUCAUUGAAACAGAAGUGUUUUAAAGACAGUUAUCCGUAAAUUUUGUUUUAUUCAUAGACAUUUUGGUUUUCCAUAUUGAUCAUUUUUAUUAGAUAAUUGAAUCGUACAGAUACAAAUAAGUAAUUGUAGGUGCAUAAUAUAGAUAAUUUGUAAAUGUGAAAAUGACGUCCAGCAGUUUUGAAACAGUAGUUAAUCACUCGUGUUACUAGUUUUUUAAGGAUGCAAAUGUGGGACUGAGACAUUGAAGUACUGAAGACAAUGUUGGUCUCCAAGCUACAAUAAAUAACUUAUGCAUCUUCAAAUAACUACAUUUCUGGAUUGAGUUGAAAAUUAACAUUUCACAUCCAUUAGCAUUUGACAAAUAUCUUCCCUUAUUUAUACUUUCAACUGUUUUAUUUUUGUUGGAAUUCACUUUUUUACUUUUAUCAAAAUAUAAAACAUGAAAAUAAAAUUGGAAGAUCAGGUGAAAGCACGGGUAGCCUACCUAGAGCGGUGUCAUAUGAAUCGUCUGGUUUUUCCAUGUCAUAGUAACAAUCAUUGUGUAAUAAGUCUGUGUUCUUAAUGUACUAUCUGUUACUUCAAGAUAAUUAAUUAUUGUUUGGUGUAUGUUCUGUAGCUUAAAUGGUUAUGUUUGUGAAAUGUGGUUCCUACAUGUUGUGUGCAGUUCCUCAACUGAUCGCCUUCUUCACACUUAACUAAUUAAAGGAAUUAACAAUUUCCCUUAAUCAUUUCCCUGGUAUCAGUUUGGCAGCACUGUAAUUCGUUCCAAAUUCUUUGUACAAUUAUUUUCUCAAUAAUUUACUCAUGUACAAAGUUAUAGAAUCCAAGAUUCUCUUUCAAAAAUGAGAUCUCUCCCCCCCAUUCGCUGUCGUCUAAUGUGUUUAUUGAAAAUAUUUUUCAAUGAAUGUUUCGAAUUUGAUCAAUACAUAAUUCUCAACACAUAAUACGUAAUUUUCAAACUUAUUUGGUCAUUUUCUUAUUAGAUUUCGAGGGCAGAACACCAUUUGAAUAUCAUAAUUUAUAAAAAAUUCAAAGAUAUUUUGGUUUUUGCUUCAUGUGAUGCAUGAACCAUGCAAGGACUCGAAUUGUAACUGGUCCGUCUAAAUUGAAUUAUUACUUCAUGAUUGAAAACAUAAUUAUUGAUUAACAGCAUCAAUAUUUUUGUGUUAGCAGAAGUCUUAAGAAGUGUGGUCGUAAUUGAGGAACAUUGUGCCUUCUCUUAUGAAUUGAGCACGUGUCAAAUAGUUGUUAAGAAACGUCAGUUUCAUUCACAGUUCCUAUCUUGCUCCCUAGCGUAAACACUGUCUAUCGUAGCAAAUGUAGAAUAUCCGUAGUAGUAAAACGCACUUUUCCUGCAUCUAGCAAGUAGUUCAUGAGUAUUGUUGAUUGCACCGUAUAACUCCCUCCCUAAUUUGCCCACCAUGUCUAUUGAGUAACUAGUGUAGCCUAUUUUUGGGUGAAUACUGUGGAUGGUCUGUGGAUAUUCUAAAUAUUGGAAUAACAAGUAAAUUAUUAACAUUUGUCAGCUCCACAUUUCUCCCAAGUAGUUGGAAACGCAAUUUUAUGUGAACUAAAUUUUUAAAAUGAAGUUAAUUAAAAUGAUCAAUUUUAUUGUAUUUUUAUCAUAGUGUGUUUCCUUUUUUAUCAAAAUCAGUGAUGACAAUUUGUGUAUAUAGUUCCUUUUUAGAAUGAUCUCUCAUCCAUUUUUUGUGAUAGAGUUUUUUUUUUGUACAAGAACGUUCAGCUAAUGGAACAAUACUAUUUAAACUACAACUGAAUUAGAAAAAUAAUGCUAUCAUCAUCAGUAAUCGAAAUAUUUUUAAUAUAAUUAAAAAGGUAACAUGAAUUACUUCUAGAUGCACGCGAAUUAUUAGAUUAGGCUAUCGUGAAUAAAUAAAUCAAUAACUCAAGAAAAAGUCGAUCGAUGUUAAUUUUAGUCCUUAUUAAUAUAAUAUGAAUAUUGUUAUGAGUUAUUAGUGCUAUAAAUAUAAAUUUGAUCUUAAGUUUUGCAUUUCACGAUUAUAUUAUAUUAUUAGUGUCUAUUAUUGUAAGGUAUGCAUUAAUCUUUGUUUUCUGUUAUGUGUAUUGUUAUGAAAAUAAAUUACAAUGAACAAGGAAUCUCUUUUCGUUAUAUGCGGGUUUUUGUUUGAAGUUGAACAAUAUUAUAAUUGUUAUUAAUAAAGUUGAGGCGAGUUGUAAAUUUCGCAUGUAUUAUUCUAAUCAUAACAUUAGAAGUCCGUCAAGUUGUAGUUAUAUUAUGGAAAAAAUGCAAUUUAUUGCAAUCUCAGGUUAUGUUUUAUUGAUGUAAAUUUUUUAUUUUUGAUUGUUUUGUUGAAAUGUGUUGAUUGAAUUGGAAGAACAGUAUUUGAAGAGAAAUAUUCGUCCUUAAUUGAAAUUAGAGUUGUUUAGAAAUGAGAGGCAGCUUUUCAAUAUGCUUUGAAUAAUAAAAUUAAUAAAGUAUUUAAGUCAGUUUUCCAGCCAUUUCUUGAAGUCUUGACUAAAAAUUGUUCAUGUGAAAAGCUGUAGCUUUAAAAAAACACUGCAUCGAUCUGCUCUGUAUUCUGAUGACGUAUUAAAAAGCUGCCUGCCAACCGUCCCUAUCAUCACAAGUAACUUGGUACCUGAACUUCAAGCUCGUCUCUCUAUUCUCUUCAAUAUUGUUGGUUGAUUUUAGUAAUUCAGUUGAAUAAACAUUUCCAUCAAAUACUCAUAACUGCUAUUGAUACUGCUUGUUUUUCAAUUUCUCUCGUCUAAUUAAUAAUUUUUGUCCAGAUAUUGUAUUUGCUUCGGCACUACAUAAAAAAAAGAAUAUUCUUUGAAUAAGGUCCUGAAUUAAUUAAUUGGCAGUCCACUUUUAAUUGGAUGAGACGGAUUAUGAGACAUUUGAUGUGGUCCUCUUUUCUUACGAGGAUUGCAAACAGGCUUGCGGUAUCAUAGAUAGUUUAUGUUCAAAGUUCAUUUCAAAAAGUGUUUUAUCCUUUUGGAAUUGAUGUAUCAAUCUGAACAUGAUUGAAUCAUAGCAUGAUUGAUGUAUCUGAUGAGAAACUGUUUUAUAGUUACGUUCGUUAGAAUUUGUUUUUGACAUUUGAAUGGAUAAAGUAAGAGAAAGUUUGAUUAUGUUUAAUUAAUUGUAUCGACAUUAUUUUUAUGUGCCAUGACAUCCACCUGAAUAAGAACUUUACAAUAGUAAAAUGGUCAUUAAAAUCAAAACAUUAAAGAAGUUGUAGAGUAGAAUAUUGUGAAAGUUGAUCAAAUAACGAUAAGUACUAGUCCAGAAUAUUUUAAUGACAUUACUCUAAUGCCAGUGAAUGUUUUCUUAUAAACGUGAACAAAAUGCCAUAUUAUCUAUUGGUGCAUAAUUGUUUUGUGUUCUACUUAAAAUUAUUUUUUUAUUUCGCUUUAUUUUGCCAUACAAGUUGAAUAUAACGUUUAGGUGUAGUAUAAACUGAAAUUUUGUAGAGAUAUUUGUAAAUAUAUUGUACUAACAAAUAAAUACCAGUGUAACCAUUAUGAA